CCCGCCAAAACUAAAGUAUCCAAUACAUAUACGUAGUUGUAAUCGCCGUAUGUUGCGCAUGCGCGGAAACGAGAGCCCGUUUAACAACACUAGUGUCUGGUGUCAUUAGCCAGUUGAUUACGAACAAACGCGUCUUGCUCGCGCAUUUAAUAAUCACGAAUCAAAGAUGCUAUGGUUCUUCGGAAAGUCGACUUAGCAUUAUCGUAUACACGGAAAGCGGCCGCCGGGCGUAGUGUUCGUGUAGUAAUUUUGACGUAAGCAAUUCUCGGAAGAGAUACCGGCCAGGAAGAGAACUCACUCGCGUCCGGGAAGAAAGAUCUCCACACGCUUCGAGGGAGGCACGACAAGUCGUCGUUAUGGCAAAUUUGCGAUAAACAUUAGAACUUUCAUUAUUAAAGAAACUACAGAGGAAGAUAUCAUGGAUUCAAUUUCUAUAUGUGGGAAUAGCAAAAAUGCAAAAAAACGUUCAAAAUCUCGACAACUGGAAGAUAUAACAGUCAAUGAUAAUAGAAAAAUUGAAGAAACCUUUCCAUGGUUACUAGAAUUCAAUAAAAUUGUAUGUUCGUCUAUAGGAAAUAGGAGUUAUCGACAUCUUGAGCGAUUGCUUUUACUCUAUACCCAGAAUGUUCUUUCUAGUGUGAAAGCAAGCAAUGUUAAAUUUAAUGAUACAAUUAAUUUAAAAAAUAAUAUUAAUAAUAUAUUAAUAUUCUUUCACUUAUAUUGGCUUGAUAUAAAACAGGAGAUAGUUGAUCAUAGUUCAUAUUUAAAUAAAAUGUCAACGUUAUUAAGUAUAUAUAUCGAUAUGGAAACUUCUAGACAAGAUAUGGAAACUUCUAGACAAGAAAUUGUAAAGAUUCUUGCAGCAUUGUAUAUAUACUUAAAUAAUUCGGAAGAGCAUAUUUUUAGAGUAUUACUUAGAAUUAAACAUAUGACGGAAAAAUAUACACAAAUUUGUAAUCAUAUAUUUAUGAAGAACUUUAGCAAUCUCAAGAUAAAAAUGACAUCUUUAACCGAUGUAGCUUAUAUUCGAUAUUUGCUUGCCUUUAAAAUGUGGAGAAAUAUGGAAAAUCUUUCUGAAGAGAAAAGAGAAGAAAUUGACAAAUUAGCUCUAAUGCUGCUAGGCCCAUGUAUGCCAAAAUUACGAGAUGAAUUAUCAAAAUUUGUGCCUAGACCUAAGAAUCAGAAGAAUGAAACACUAUGCUUAUUAAAAUCAAAUUUAUUUGAAAUGUAUAAACAUUUUCUACUAUUUGAAGAUGAAAUGGAUAAACAUUUUCUACUACUUGAAGAUAAAAUGGAUAAAUAUUCUCUACUACUCGAAGACAAAAUCAAUAACUCUGCAGAUUUACAAUGUACCAAAGUGGUUUAUGUUGGUCAGAAUUGUUUAAAAUCUCAGAAACAUCCAAUGAGUUUGCUACAUCGGAGCAAUCCUAAUAGGAGCAUUCCUACAUCUAAUCAAGAAGUUAAUAAAGACUUUUUAAAUAGUUUGCAGAAUGAUAAUAUGCCACUAAGUAUGAACGAAAAUAAAUCUUUAGAACAAACUUAUCUACAAAAAAAAGAAAGAAGAAACCUUAAAUCAUUGAAACAGGAAAAAAAAGAAAAUCCAGGAGAACCUGAAAUUAUUGAUUUAACUGAAGAUGAUGAAAUUCUUUGCGAAACAAAAAGAAAAAAGACUAAACAUAAUUUGGAUAAAAUUACUAAACAAGAUAUGAAAAUCAUAAAAAACAAAAAGUAUAUCAAUUCUAUAAAGCAUUCAAGUGGGUUUAUGGCAAAUGUGAAUAUUGAAAAAAGUUCUAAUAGAGACAGCAAAAGCACAGUUGAAAAAGUUCGUCUGAAAUAUAAAUCUAUUCCUAACAACAAAAUAAGUGAUAGUACAGAGAGUUAUACUUCAAUUAGCAGUAAACUUUCAUUAAAUAAUAUCCAUCAUAUAAAUCUUCAAAAAAGUGAACAUUUAAAUGUAAUAAAGAAUCAGAUGAAUAGUACGUAUCCAGAAUUUGUGAAAGAGAAUGAAACACAAUUUGAUAAUUCACAUUACAUAAAGUCAUCAAUGUUUGUUGAUCGGGAUAUUAAAGAGUUCAACGUUACAACAAAUGUGCUGAAAGAAAAUAAACCAGAGAAUAUAUCAUCACAUAUGACAUAUAUGACAGCAGAUGCUACAGGCUUAUACAACAAUAUAAUGAUGCAAAGUAAGGAAACAUUAACUUCUCAGGAAGAAAAUGUCAUACCUUUAUUGAAGGAUAUAAUACCUUUAUUGAACAUGUGCCAAAAUGAUAUUGUGGAUCAGCAUUCUGUCAAGCAGGAAAUACCAAUAAGCCCAAAUUGUAAUACAACACAAAAUUCAUAUAAAUGUUGGGAAACGACGCCGCGUGAUAUUAAAUAUCUUAGAAUACAAAAAUUGAAAUCUAUAAACGAUCAUAAUUCACAAGUUACAGAUUAUUUUAUUACAUGUCAUCAAGGUAACGAAUAUGAAGAAUGUUGUACAAAAAGUGAUUGUAAACCAUUUGUGUUUCCUAACAGUAAUGAUAGUACCACACAAAAACAUAAUACAUUUUCUGAUGAUAAGAAUGAUAUCAAACUAUCUUGCAACACAAAAAUAAUUUUACCCAAAUAUAAUUUACAUCAAUUACACAAAUAUAAUGUACUAACAAAUAUAAGCGAUUGCAAUGCACAUUACGUUGCUCAUCAUAUCGAUGAUAUCGUUAUCAUGACAUGUUGUAACAUGCACGAUGAAAAAAUAAUGCAAUGUCUAUACAAUUCUAACGACAUGUAUACUACAUUCAAUAAAGAUCAAACUGUAGGGUCGUCACUAAAUGAUCAAAAUGUCAAUCUUGAUAAUAAAAGAAAAUAUGAUUACGGACACGGUUCCAAACAUUCCGAAACUACGAUAACUAUGAUAAAGACACAACAAGAAAGAAGCGAUUGUGGUACUUCAAUGUCAAACGAUCAAUUACAUCUCUCUGAACGUUUUCUUUUUAAUAUAGAUUCUAUAGAUAUGGAUUCAAAAGAAGCUAAUGAAAUAAUGAAGAAUUGUAUAAAUGACUCUGAAAAUAUCAGUUUCUUGCACAACCCAAUUGAAAUUUUGGAAAGUCUGGAAAACGUUGUGUCGAAAGAAACCACCGAUUUUCUUCUAUCUUCAAAACAGUCUCCAUUUGAAUUAGAUAAUGUGUAUACAAAUACAUUUUUAAGAGAAAAUCACAUUUUAUGCAAUAAUCAAAACAAUGCUAUUAAUAGUAAUGUAAAUCCAAUAGCCUUCCAUUUGAAUAAUAUAACAACCAAUAACACCUUUCUGUGAUUAUCAGCCAAAUCUGAUAAGUUUAAUAUGUUUUAAGGAGCCACGAAAUUUCGUAAUCAAGCACUUUUAUAUUUACGAGAAAGAUGUUGAAGGUUCUUUCCCAAGGAAUAGGCUAAACGGAUCUUUGAAUGAAUUUUGCGCUUCCAAGAAUAUGUCUCAUCAAAUUUACUUACAAAUUAUUUAACAUCGUAAAGAAAAAAGAUUUUGCUUCAACAUUAUACAUAAAAUAUAUAUAUAUAUAUAUAUAUAUAUAUAUAUAUAUA